UAGGGGUCCUCUUCGGAGUGGAUGUAAGCUAACAGCUACAAAACAGUCACUUUCUUCCAGUUAAGUACGUUUUUGUUUGUUUUAACCGUGUUUUUUUCAGUUACGAACACAUUCAGACGCAGUCAACUCUCCGAUAGACGACCAACACAUCUGGUUUCUGUGAACUUUUAGCUCUGAAAUAGUUAAAUUAGCCCAAUUUUGUACUUGGAGCUAACGUUAGCUUAGUGUUGCCCAGAGCCCCGUUGCUGUGUUUCCUGUUAAGGAGAUGGAUGGUUAUCCCGGAGUCAUCGUCGGCGAUUCUACAAAACAUCAAGAGAGACAUUACUACCUGUUAUCUGAGCUGCAAACCUUAGUCAAAGAUCUACCAAGCUCCUUCCAGCAGCGCCUGUCCUACAGCACGCUGGGUGACCUGGCUCUAGCACUCAUAGAUGGGACUGUCUAUGAGAUUGUGCAGGGGCUCCUGGAUAUUCAGCACCUGACAGAGAAGAAUCUGUACAACCAGAGACAAAAGCUGCACUGUGAACACCAAGCACUCAAACAAGAUCUUGUACGAAAACACAAAGAUGCCCUGCAGUCAUGCAAGUCUCACAACCUUGCGCUUCUCAAAUCCAACCAGCAAGCAGAACUAGAGGCUCUGGAAAUUCGUGUGCGGGAGGAGCAAAGAAUGAUGGAUAAGAAGAUAGUAGCAGAAAUGGAUCAAAAAGUGAUAGACCAGCAGAACACCUUGGAGAAAGCGGGAGUCCCUGGAUUUUAUAUCACCACUAAUCCUCAGGAGCUGACGAUGCAGAUGAACCUACUUGAAUUGAUCCUCAAGCUUCAACAGAAGGAAUCACAAUCUGGAGUCCUUUGAGAACGAGGCCUAGUAGUGCCAGAAGAGGGGAAAACAACCACUCAGUGCCCACAGACUGUGUAUGCUCACAGUCCAGUAAUUGUGAGAUGCAUCAUAAACAGUCAAAGUGUGGCACUUGACAUCUGUUGUUAUUGGUGUAAUAUUCACCAUUAAAACAUGUAGGAGAAGGCCGGUUCUCGAGUUCAUAAGUAAGAUGUUUCCAGUCCUGGAAGAGAGCCUCGACAGGUCAUGACUACAAAGUUAUAAAGCACUUAACUGUCACUCAUUGUGAAAUUAGGAAGUUGAUGUGUCGUGGAUCUUUUAGUACUGAGAGCGCAGACUCUGCAAGAAAUUAAAUAGUAAAGGGUGAAGAUGUUGCUUCAGGACACGGAGAUGGCUGUAACUGGGAUUACUGUCAUGGUCUUCCUGCAGUGAGAUGGUCUCUCCGUGAGGGACUCGUGAUGCCUUUGCCUGAAGUGUCAGUUCCAGUGUUCAGGCUCUGUUUUUAACACUUUAUUGUUAAUUUAUUUCAACAGUAUUGUAAUACAUUUCCCACUUUUUCUUUUCAUAUUUUUGCUACUUUGUUGUGAAUCGUGUAUUUUUCUGUUCAGUUUGUUGUACAUGUGUUGGUAUCAGAGGUGCACGUUAGAUCUUGAGCUAACCCCUUCACAAUUACAUUAUUUUUUAAAAUGCCAGUGUUGGUUGAUGUUUACGGUCCCACAUAAAUAAACAAAUCAGCAACAUUGAA